AUGGCCUUUGAAGCAUUGGAGGCAAGGAAGAGAAUUUUUGGCCCCCAGCACGACAAUACCCUUCGAAGCUCAGCUACGAUGGGAGCAGCCCUGAUCUCAGCGGCUCAAUAUAAAGAUGCCCAAAGUAUCCUAGAGACUACGCUAGCGGAUUGCGAGCUUUCAGGAAAGGAAGGUACUAAGGUCGACAUCAUGUACUCACUUGGGGUUCUUUAUCAUCUUACAGGACAGCAGUUGAAAGCCGAGGCAGUACUGAAGGAAGCGGUAGAGAGAACAUCAAGCAAAUCUUGGGAAAGCAGACAUGAUACUAUUAUUUUCAUGCAUUAUCUCGCAAAGAUUUACUGCCAGCAAGGUCGUUAUCGCGAAGGCGAGGAGCUAGCAUUACGAGCGAGGGAGAGCUCGGUGAAAGAAUUUGGAGAACACGACACUGCCACCUUGGGCUCAACGACUACACUGGCCCAUUUGUAUUUUGUCCAAGGGCGAUAUAGAGAAGCUGCGGUACUGCAAGAGCAGACACUGAAUUAUUGCGAGGCGCUUUUUGGGAAGGAAAAUAUCAGCACGCAUGACGUGCGCCAUACUCUGGCGAGGACAUACAACAAACAAGGACAUACUGCGGAGGCCGAGAAACUUUACUUCCAAGCCAACUCCGGUUACAUUGAAAUUCUAGGAGACGGACAUAAACUUGCAAUAGAGUCUUCGGCUGAGUUGGCUGAGUUCUUUCUCUCACAAGGUCGAUUACAACAUGCUAUACCGAUACUGGAGAAAAACAUCGAGAAAUGCCACAGAGUGAUGGGAGGACAGCACUCAGCUACCAUUAGAUAUUCCUCCAAGCUAGGGUACGCCUAUUGCCUGCUUUCUCGAUUCAAUGAGGCCGAGUCAGUCUUGAAAAACGCACAAGAGGCGUUGGAAAAGAAUUUUCGAGAGGAAAACCACGCAGAGCCCCAGGAGGACAUGUUAUCGCAAAUUCUUGCUUUCAACACUCUUGUGACUAUUUACCAUAUCCAAGGGCGGCUAAAUGAAGCAAGGCCGCUUCUCGACAAGCUUGCAGAAACGGGAAUGGAAAAAGAAGGCGGAAACGAUCUCAAUACAUCGCGCUAUGUUGAAAAUUUGGAGGCCUUCAGAGCCCAUGCUAGCACUAUAUACACAUUGUAA